AUGGGUUCAGUCACGCCACCAGAAGAGCGGGUGCCUCGCCAUCUUAGCGGCACAAAGUUGUCCCCCAAAGACUACGCUCGCUGGCGGCCAUCAUACCAUCUCAUCGCACCAAGAGGGUGGAUGAACGACCCCUGUGCCCCAGGUUACAUUCCAUCAACAAACACAUAUCACGUUGGUUUCCAAUGGAACCCGAAUGGAGCCGAAUGGGGGGAUAUUGUUUGGGGGAAAGCUUUCUCAUCAGACCUGGUAUCUUGGGAAGUCCCCGAGGCGCCAAGUUUGAAAAGGGAUGCCCCGUAUGACUCCGAGGGCGUAUUCACGGGAUGCUGGAGGCCAACAGGCCUAGAUAGAAAGCACAGAGGUGACGCAGGCAGUAAAGAAGAGGUCAGCUUCAUUUACACAAGUGUUUCAAGGCUACCAAUACACUACACAAAAGAUUAUCAUCGAGGCUGCGAGACACUGAGUCUCGCAACAAGCGCAGAUGGCGGCAACACAUGGAUCAAACAUGCCUCCAAUCCCAUUCUGCCCGGCCCACCAGAAGACAUUGCAGUUACCGGGUGGCGAGACCCCUAUGUUGCAACCUGGCCCGCAGCGAGGGAACUUCUGGCCAAGCACAGACCUAGGCAGAAUGGAGUGGAUGUGGCAGAGGAGCAGGAGCAGGAGCAGGAGCCGCUGUUUGGAAUCAUCUCGGGGGGGAUCCGCUCUAAGACUCCUACUACCUUCCUCUACAAGGUCGACCCCACUGACCUGACCAACUGGUCGUACGUUGCGCCGCUCACAACACCAGGCCUUAACUAUGCGCCUUCACGCUGGACUGGUGACCUUGGCGUGAACUGGGAAGUGACAAACUUCCUAUCCCUGAACUCUGCAGACAAGAAACACCAUCAAGACUUCCUCAUCUUUGGCGCCGAGGGCUGUCGACCCCCACAUGGCGGCUCCGGCGUUGUUCCCGGCACAAAGAGAUGCCCACGAGCGCAGCUAUGGAUUGGCAUUGAUCCUGCUGAGGGUCCGUCUGAGUAUGAGGCGUUGACGGAGUUCUCCUACGGUGGUGCCUUCGACCACGGACUGUACUACGCAGCCAACGGCUUCUUUGACCCGGUGACACAGCAACAGAUCGUCAUCGGCUGGGUGACAGAGGACGACAUACCCAUUGAAAUGCAGGCUAACCAAGGCUGGAGCGGGUGUCUUUCUCUCCCGAGGGUCGUCUCGCUCACGACGAUUAACAACGUGGUACGGGCAAACAAGUCUGACCUGAAGAGUAUCACAAAUAUCAAGGUGACGCCAGUUCCUGGACAAGAUGGAACUUUCACCGUGCACACCCUCGGCAUAGCACCCGAUUCGCGGCUGCAGAGGUUGCGCAGCGCUGCAACAAGACGAACAGCUCAGCCUGGCGCGCUCAACUCAAAAACACGGACAGCACAGAGCUCUGUGGCCUUGCAUACAGCACAGUGGGAAGCACAAGCAUCUUUCUCAUCGGUUUCGUCCAGCGAGCGCGUUGGUCUGAUCAUCCACCAUGCUAGCACCUCUCAGUCAACCAAACUAUACUUCACGCCGGCCGACGAGACUUUCAUCAUCGAGCGUCCGGAUUUUUACGUCCCACCAUCCUACAAGGGUGGCGAGAAGGACACGAAGCUGCAGUCUGAGACGGCGCCCUUCACGCUCUUCACAACGCACGAUGCGCAGACCGGCGCCGAGGUUGAGGAGAAGCUAAUGGUGAAUGUCUUCUAUGACGGCAGUGUGCUUGAAGUGUUUGUCAACAAUAGAGCCGUCAUUACGACGAGGGUCUACCUUGAGGAUGCGAGGUGCGAAGAGUUGGAAUGCUUUGCUGAGGGGGCUGGUGCUGUGUUAGAAGAGGCUGUUGUUUGGGAUGGUUUGUCCGUGGCUGCAUAG